UUGACGUCCUCUCUCUCACACACACACGCGCCGCCGACGCAGAGCUCCUCCUCCAGCUCCCGGCGCCUCCGGCACCUUUGGGUUAACAGCACAUGACUUCUCUCACCGUCAAACUGGCUUGCCCCCACACCGACCAGUCGCUCGCUCUCGUUGACGUCCCUGCCGUCCGUGCAACACAGCAGCGCACCGGAUAAAAAGGCCGCAACUGCGCGCAGGAACCUCACUGCCAUGGCGGCGGCAGCUUGAGCAGCAUAGGGCAGUGACAUAUAGUAUUUUCUUGUUUUCUUUUUCUUUCAUGCCCUGGUCUCCUGGAGAGGAGGGCAGAGUAUGGAGAUCGCGCCAUCUCGAUUGCGGCUUCUGUGUUUCUCCGUCUUGUUGUUGGUGCUAUCUUCGUGCUCGUUGGCCGAUGGGAUGGACGCACCUUCUUCUUCUUCGUCGUCAUCUUCUCCGGUGCCGUCGCCUGUGACCACGGGCGUUCCCGCCGCCGGUGCCAAUAGCACGGCGGCCUUGUCUUCAACAGUACCGGCUCCUCCGCCCGCUGUGAUGAUAGUGGAGCGGCACCACCAUUUCCACCGUGAGCUGAUCAUCGCCGCCGUUCUCGCCUCCGUCGCCACCGUCAUGAUCUUCCUCUCCACGCUCUACGCGUGGCUCCUGUGGCGGCGAUCUCGCCGGAUCCCCGGCGGCAAGGGCGGCGCCAGGAGCUCAGAUGGUACAGCGAAGGGGAUCAAGCUGGUGCCGAUCCUGAGCAGGUUCAACUCGGUGAAGACGAGCAGGAAGAGGCUGGUGGGGAUGUUCGAGUUCCCGUCGCUGGAGGCAGCGACAGGGAAGUUCAGUGACACCAACGUGCUCGAUGUCGGCGGGUUCGGCCGCGUCUACAAGGCGGCGUUCGACGGCGGGGUAACCGCGGCGGUGAAGCGGCUCGAAGGCGGCGGGCCGGACUGCGAGAAGGAAUUUGAGAAUGAGCUGGAUUUGCUUGGCAGGAUUAGGCACCCAAACAUUGUGUCCCUCCUGGGCUUCUGCAUCCAUGAGAGGAAUCACUACAUUGUUUAUGAGCUGAUGGAGAAAGGAUCACUGGAAACACAGCUUCAUGGGCCUUCACAUGGAUCGACCCUGAGCUGGCACAUCCGGAUGAAGAUAGCCCUUGACACGGCCAGGGGGUUAGAGUAUCUUCAUGAGCACUGCAGUCCACCAGUGAUCCAUAGGGAUCUGAAAACAUCUAACAUACUUUUGGAUUCAGACUUCAAUGCAAAGAUUGCAGACUUUGGUCUUGCUGUGUCUAGUGGGAGUGUCCACAGAGGGAGUGUGAAACUCUCUGGGACCUUAGGUUAUGUAGCUCCUGAGUACUUGCUGGAUGGGAAGCUGACUGAAAAGAGCGAUGUAUACGCAUUCGGAGUAGUGCUACUAGAGCUCAUGGUGGGAAGAAAGCCAGUUGAGAAGAUGUCACCAUCCCAGUGCCAAUCAAUUGUGACAUGGGCGAUGCCUCAGCUGACGGACAGAUCGAAGCUCCCCAACAUAGUUGACCCAGUGAUCAAGGACACGAUGGAUCCAAAACACCUGUACCAAGUUGCAGCAGUGGCUGUUCUAUGUGUGCAGCCUGAGCCAAGCUACAGGCCACUGAUAACAGAUGUGCUACACUCUCUUGUUCCUCUAGUGCCAACAGAGCUCGGAGGAACCCUUAGGGCUGCAGAGCCACCUUCCCCCAACUUGAGGAGUUCUCCAUGUUGACAUCUGAUUCAACAACCAGUUUGUCAAAGCAAAAAAAUGUUUAUACAUUUUAAUACAGGAGUAUAGAGCUUAUAUAAUAUAUAACUUAUCUUGCCUGUAAUGGCUGCUUGUUCAAGGAUGAGAGUCAUUCCAUCCUCUCCAUGGUCGGUUGGAUUGACAGAGAAGUCUCACUGUAACAUAUGUUAUGUUGUACAAAGUAAUGAGAGAACGCCAUUUCUUCAUUUGGAUCUGAUAUCUGCUGUACAUAUGAAAACAUUUUCUAAAAUACUGUAGCUCAAUGGCAUUUGAGAAAGCUAUGUUUUGGGCUCGGCAUUUCGAU